CCGCUUCCCGACGCGGGCCCGGCCCGGCCUCUAGGGCCUUGCCCGGGGCGGCUCCUCCGCAGGCCCGGCCGCGCCCGGCCGCGCCUGCUCGGUGGUGAGCGGCCAUGGCGGGGCUGGAGCCGCUCUACGCCUUGGCCCGGGCCGCCAUCUCCCGCCCGCAGGACGCGCUGAUCUGUGGCGUCCACUGGGAGCUGGUCCGGCAUGGCUACCGCUGCCUCGGCGCUGGCGACCAGCCAGGUCCUGAUGAAAGGAAGUCGGAGCUGCUGCCCAACGGCUGGGAGGCCAACAAGGAGGUGUAUACGCUGCGCUACAAGUCCACAGACGAUGCCCGUGAGCUGCUGCUGAAGGCCAUCAUGGUAGAAGACAGCAUGAUCCUCAACGUCAUGGAUCGCAGUUCUCAGAAGGUGGCAGAUGUGACCUUGGCAGUGGCCGACUACAUCAACCCAGAGCACCUGGAUGAUUUCCACAAGGUGUACAAGAACACUGAGGAGCUGAGGACAAGGAUUGCUUCGGGCAUCAUCGCUCCCCUCAGUGGCCCUGCAGAAAAGGCCAAAAAGGAGCCCGAGGCUGAGAAGGAUGAUGACUUGCCCCAGGAUUACGACCCCCUCAGGGUUCCUCCUCGGCAGCCGCCAGGGGCGAGAGCACCAUCCUGGCCUUCCCCCUUGAGUCCCUUCGCUGUUGGUGGGGAAGACCUGGACCCUCUUGGGGGUCGGAGUGGGGGAAUGAUCAUGGAUCCUCUCCGGUCGAGCUUCCCACGGCCCGGCAUUGACCCCUCGUCGGGCAUCCCAGGCCGGCUGCCCCCAGGAGCAGUUCCACCAGGCGCCAGAUUCGACCCCUUUGGCCCAUUAGGGGCUGGUAGAUCUGGGCCAGAUCCUGACCACCUUCCCCCUCCAGGCUAUGAUGACAUGUUCAUGUGAGGAGUCACCACAUGGCUUCUCCCAGCUGCGGCCACAGCAGUCUCCUGGGAAGCAAGGGACACUUUCCCCUUUUCGCUCCCCGUUUGGUGGACUUCGAUCUUUUCAGCAGUGUUUUUCUUCUCCCCAGUCGGGGCCACCUUCCUGUGUCAGACCAGCUAUAAAGGCUUCCCUGUGUGCAGAGCAGAGGAGGAGGCAGUAGGUCCAUUUCUUUCCGUGCUCCUCUGAGGGUGCCUGGCCAUUUGCACCCAGCUGAAGUGGUCCUGCCCCACGUGAGGUGGCAGCGUGGGGUGCAUCCUGGUGGUCUGAGGACAGCCCAGGUGCUGUGGGGUUUCCUUUGCGUCUCUGGGGUGGCACCGCUUUCGCUGCUGGCGUUAGACGAGCGGUCGGUGCUGAGGAGGGAGCUGGCUUCUUGCCACUCCUGUGCUGGGGAACUGCAGUUGCCUGGCUGGAGGGAGCAGCCAGAGCUCCCCUUGCAGAGAUGGUUUCUCUCUUGCUCUUUAUCCAAGAGAAGGGUCGAUCAGCGUGAAGGGCUAGAAGGCCUGUCCCAUGGGGUCUCUAGGCACAGACCCCCUGGCAGAAGCCGAGGUCGGCUUCCACAUGGCUGUGCCCAUUGGCUUUCAAGACCAGCAACAGCUUUAACAUGCAUGAGAAGAGACAUAUAUUGAAUUCCUGACCCCCCUUUUGCCCCCUGUCUUCCCUGCAGCUGUGGUUUUUCAUUCCUGGGGGGCACACAAAGCCCUGCAGGCAGCACGGUGAGGGCUGCCCGCCAGGCACCGCGUGGGGCUGGGGUAGGAGGGAGGAUGCUUGGUACCCGGGUGACCUGAUGGGUCUGGUGUUGGCUCUCCAGGCACGGCAGAGCUGGAGCCUAACACUGAGCUGGGACCCUCCUGGGGGUGUGCACGGGGGGGCUCGCUGGGCUGUGGGAUUUGCUUCGCAGAAGGGGUUUAUAGGAACAUGUUUCCCUCCCGUCAGUCCUGUUGCACAAGGCUGGUGAGGCUUUUCCUGGCUGAACGCUGCCGGGCGGCUCCUGGGGGGGGGACGGGUGAGAUCUGUGUGGUUCAGCCUCCUGAGCUUUCUGGAAACCCCCUCCCUUUCCCCGCAACUCCCCCUGGGUCAGUUAAUUUGGGGGCUGUCCCAUCAGGGAUUCAACGCUAUUGCUUUCUUCUCAUGGUUUGACUUCUUGGAAGGACGUUCAUGAGAUUGAAAUAAAAACCUGACAAC